ACAUGCAUGAAAUUUUCCCAGCUAUCCUUUGUUUCCGUAUAUAUAUAUAUCUAACGAGAAACCCGUUUCUCAAAGCAUCCUAAUCAACAACAGAUAUUCACUGUCUCCCCCACUUGCCACUCCAUUUCUUGAAACUCUUUGGGUUCAAAAUCUACAAAACAUGAAGAAUCCAAGCAAACCUGCCUUUAUAUCAAGCCUUCUAAUCUUUUUAUUUCUUUUCUCAUCAUGUUUACCAUCAACCAUAGCUCAAGAAGUUGAGGAUGAGAGGGAGUUUGAUUAUAUAGAAGGAAGCAAGAAGGGGCCAAGUCACUGGGGAGAAAUCCGAGAAGAAUGGGCACAUUGUAAGAAUGGAAGCAUGCAAUCUCCCAUAGAUUUGUCAAGUUGGAGAGUGAAACUAAUGCCAAAGUUAGGAGAGCUAAAGAGGAGCUACAAGCCUUUCAAUGCCACUCUCAAGAAUAGGGGCCAUGACAUUGCAGUCGAGUGGGUAGGUGAUGGUGCGGGAUCAAUACAGAUCAACGGCACUGAUUACUUUCUCAAGCAAGGCCAUUGGCACUCACCUUCUGAGCAUUCCAUCAAUGGCAGAAGGUAUGACUUGGAGCUUCACAUGGUUCAUGAAACUCAGGACCCGAGUAUAAAAAAGAUUGCUGUUGUUGGACUCUUCUACAAGAUUGGCCAACCGGAUGCUUUCAUCUCAAAGUUGACGAAAAGCUUAGUUUCCAUUACUGAUAAAAUGGAAGAAAGAAAUAUAGGGGUGACUGAUCCUGCAGAAAUCAAGAUGGUUGGAAAGAAGUACUAUAGAUAUAUGGGCUCGCUCACUACUCCUCCAUGUACCGAAGGCGUUAUUUGGACAAUCGAUAAAAUGAUAACGACGGUCUCAAGAGAGCAAGUGAAGUUACUUAGAGAGGCGGUCCAUGAUUAUGCUGAGAUGAAUGCAAGACCAAUUCAACCACUCAAUAAUCGUGAGAUCCAACUCUAUGACCCACACCCAAAGAGCUUCUGACGGAGUCAGCUUACUUACGUGAUGCCAUAGUAAUAAUAUUUUUAGUCGGUUAUGUUAUAUGUGUUAAGUUUGUUCUCAAUAAAUGGGCUUAGCCCAACAGCACCUAUGUUUAGGGUUUUAUCAUUGGCUAUUUAAACUUCUCUUGUAAUCGAAUAAGGGCAGAUUAUUGAAUGAAGAAUUAUGUUAUUUCAA